AUGGCGUCACGACUAGGCCUAGCUGAUCUGCUGGAAGAAAUCGGACUGCAAACACUGAUUCACAGAUUUCAAGAAGAGAAGGUAGAACUUUCCGAUAUACAAUCAUUGUCUGAUGCAGAUCUCAAUAGACUCGGAGUUUCAACAAUUGGAGACCGAGUGCGAUUACGAUCGCGAGCGAUAGAGGAGCCAUCAUGGCCAUCGACAUCAGGCUCAGCACCAGUGCCGGCUCCUCCACCAAGCGGGCUCCGGCCGCCAUUUCUUACUGCUGACAACGUAAGAAAAGAGAGGGAUCUAUUGUUCCAUUCCCGAAAAAGAAAAAAUAGAAACGAACUAGGUCAGCCCACACAAGGCAAAAAGCAACGUGGAAGAAGCUGGACAGUUUCUGUAAUGUGCUUGUCGGACAAGAACUGUAAUUUUGUUCCAAAUUCGGAAGUAAAGGAAUGCUUAUUAAAGGCAGGACUAGGCUUAAAAAAAAUAAAAUUUAAUGUUAAUGAUGGACAAACUGAAGUUUUGGAAAAAAUUUCAUCUAAUGAGAAAGACAAUAACAAUGAAUGUGUUGGAUUUCCUGCUUUAAAAAAUUGUGGAGGAUUUGAACUCAUGAGAAGCCAAUCAAACAAUAGAAGUUUAAGCACAAUAAAAGUAGAAUGGUCAGUGAAAAACCUCAAAGCUUGCAUUGGAUCUCAAGGAAAACUGUAUGUCAGACCUAUUCAAAGAAACUUAUCAACUGAACCAAUUCAGCUUGCACAUGACGAAACCGCAGAAAAGUCUAUGCUAAAAACAGAGAUUUGUAGAGAGUGUGGCCAGCCAUUUGCAAUAGCAGAAUUAAGAGCCCAUUGUGAGUUAUGCAUUGGGGAACACUUUACUUCAAAUGAAACAGAAGACAAAAAGGAAGAAAUUGUUCCAGAGGAUUUGCCUGACCCAUUAAUAGAGACUCUUACAGACUCCAUACCUGUGACAGAAAUAAUGGCUAUACCUAUCUCUUCUGGUUCUGGAAAUAUUGUUUUAGAAACUAUUACAGACUCCAUACCUGUAACAGAAACAAUAGCUAUACCUAUCUCUACCAGUUCUGGAAAUAUUGUUUUCUCAGAUCCAUCUGCUUUUAUUAGCUCCUUGUCUUUUACUGCUACAGAACCAGCUGAAACAUUGAAACAUGAAGAAGAGAACUUCACUGAAAGCAUUCCCAAUAGCAUCCAAAGUAUUGUGGAUAAUGCUAUAACAUAUUGUAAACAGAAACACAUAGAAGAUCCUGUAGAAAUAUUGAAAUAUUUACAGUCAACUCUUGUCACUGGAAGAAAAUUAGAUAUUGAAGAUCUUUCAUCAGCUCAUGAAGGUGAUACUAACUAUAUAUGUGUGGAUAGAUCAAACAUUUUAGAAACAGCAUUUGAAGAAAUUAAAGGCUUGCAGGACCUUCGAUUGACCUUAGAAGUUCAGUUUUAUGGAGAGAUAGCAGCAGAUUUUGGCGGACCAAGAAAGGAAUUUUUCCAGUUAGCCUUAUUAGAAAUAAGAGAAAAAUAUUUUGAUCAUGGAUUAAGAGAACAUAUAGCAGAAGAUUAUCUUUUGGUUGGUAAAAUUCUUGCUCUGAGCAUCCUCCAAAAUGGAAAAUUACCAAAAUUUUUGGAUGAGAAUAUGCAAAACCUUUUAUUCUCUGAGUUGCCGGCAGAGUCAGCUUCCAUUACAAACUUAAGAGCAGGUUUAGACUCACUUGGAUUAUAUAAGGUUGGAGUCAGCUUGCCAACAUUCAGAUAUUUGCUGCAGCCAUCUUCCACCAAACUCACGGUGAAAUCUAUUAUCCAUCUACUAUGUCCAAAGUUUGCAGAGGAAGGUUCAAACACUAGACGAUAUGAAAAUUCUGUUUAUGCAGCUUUUACCAAAUACUUGAGAGAAGUUGAAAGUGGUAGGAGAAUGCCAUUGACGCUCAACCACAUUUUGCAGUUUGUGACUGGUGCAUCAGAGGAACCAGUUUUGGGCUUUUUCCUCCAUCCAUCGAUCGAAUUUGUCUGUGCAAUGAAUUCAUUUUUGCCAACUGCAAAUACUUGUAGUAAUUCAUUAAAAUUACCGAGACCAACUGGAGACUUGCCAUUGCCAUCACACACAGACUUAUUCAACCUCUAUGACUAUGCAUUUUCCAACACAUAUUUUGGAUUAUUUUAAAAA